UCAGUUGGACUACAAAAGCACAUUUGUUUUAAUUGUCAUGUGAUUUUAGCUAGAAUUUGAAAAACCUAGUUUUUGUUUUAUAUAAGAAGUAGUCGUAGUUGCACAGAUUAUUUUGUAAAUAGCUUAAGAUUUCUAAAACAAAAUAGCCGCUGUAAUAUCUCUUUUUGAAAAGAAAACAACAAAAUAGAAGUAUAGAUUUUGCAACAAAAUUUGUAAACCGGUAAUAAAAAAACAAGAUGAAAAAAAUUAUGAUGCUGUCUGACGAGAUGGAGCUGUUGGUUGAUGACUGGGCCAUGGAAGAGGAGGACGACGACCACUCAUGGAAUCAUACUGUCGAAAGGAACAACUCCCACGAGAAGAACCGCAGUCGCAGCAUGGCGGCCCAAUACAAGCUGCCCAUAUACAAAAAGAAGGACUCGGCCAAAAAGAUGGAGUCGAAGAUCGCCUUGAAUAUCGAAGCCACAGGCGACGAACAAAUGAUGAUGCACGACAAGUAUUCGAAACAUAUGAUGCACCGCGUCUCGGCGAUUUCAGACGACAAACUGGAUAAAAUGAUCUACGACAGCUUCUUUGGCCACUACCGCGUCGUACCAAGAGACAAGGAUUUCAAGACGCAAGACCCCGGAAACUUCAAUGAGAUCGUUGAUUCGUUAAGUUUGAAGAGCUCGCUGUCUAUGGAAACGUUGGCAAGAAGCGAUACGAGAUUGGGGUUCAGUUCGAUGACAACCCAUGAUGAGAAAGAAAGCAUCAAAAGUAUCUCGACAGACCAUAAACCGAUCGAGGAGAAGCUGGAGACACCUAUACCGAAGGAGACAUGGCCCCAGCUGACCCUCGGCGAGCAGGCGACGUUCCUGAGGAACGGUCCGAGCUGCCCAGACGUCUACGAGAAAUCGAGGAACGUCAUCGACAAGGAGGAGCUGCCGUUGCCGGAGCCCCACCUGGAAUCGGCCCACCUCGACUACGCUCUCAUCAUGAACAUGCUAGACGGCAACUGGGGUACCGACGAGGAUCAGACGAUAGCGCAGAUCACUUUCAAGUACAUCCACGACGAGUCCUUCAGGAAGAGGCUGGCCAGAGAAUGUCACAGCCUCAUCGACGAAUGUGAUUGCCCUCUACACGAUAAAAUCACAUACGAAAAGUUGAUGAAUCUAGAUGAUUCUUCCUUCUAUGAAAUUGAAACUGAAGAAGAUAAAAAACAAGUUGUAGACAGACUAAGGAAGGAAUUUAGGGAAAGGUAUGAAGACGACAUGAACAUGGAUAUGGAGAGGGUGAUCAACCCGGGGCCGGACAGCGACGAGGACGACGACUAUUACGUCGAAGGGCUCAAGAGGGACGAGAUCAAGAUGCCGGAGAUAACCGACUUCCAGGAUCCGAAGGCUUGGCUCAACCUCGAACAACCGGAGAGGGACGUGGAGCUCAAGUGCUGCGAUAUGGCCCACUCGGAGGAGGCGCUACUCGACAGAAAGGGCUACCCGGAUCGGCCUCGCAUCAAGAUAGACCGUCUACGCAUGAAGGACAUGGUGAAGGUCCGCGACAGGAAGAAUAUCGAAGAGGUCGUCGAGAAGAUGUACCAGGACAAGGUGCACCAGUUCAGGGUAGACGAAUUCAAAGGGAUCAAAUGGAAGCCGAAGAAAAUCUACGCUUACAAACGACCCGAUUGGCGUCGGCCCAAUUCAAAAAAGCGAGAUUCUUAUGUGGAGCAAGAAGAAAAUACAGAGGAGUAAAAAUUA